AUGAGGGCCACGGCAGUUGUCCUCGCGGCAGUAAUUCGCUUUGCAUACGCUCAAGACAGAGACGAUAUUCCUAAAUGUGCUCAGGAUUGUCUGGCUCCAAGUGUAUCGGACCUUUGUCACGUAAAGAUAAACCCUGAUUGUGCUUGCCGCAUCGGGAAACAACAUUCCAUGCGUACCCAAUGGACCACCUGCAUACAGCACUUUUGUGGCGAGGGAACAACAUAUGAAGAUGUGUGGCCUCCCUUUGCGGCCUACUGCGUCGCGAAUGGCUGGCUCAAUGCCUCCCAGACGGAUUUGACUUCUAUAGUGACCUUGACAACAACACAACCCAUCAUCGUGACACGUACUAGAUCCGCCACUUCCGACGGCGAUGACACACAUACUACUGUGGAUAUCGAGACAUCUACAUCAGAGACAGAGGCUGGCUCAACCACAGCACAAGCCGCAACACCGACGGCGCAAUCGACAGCCCCUAUCGCCGAAUUUAACCCUACCGCCGAACCUACGUCUGCGAUUGGCGGUGACAACAGCGACUCCUCUUCCUCCGAAUUAUCAACGGGGGUGAAGGCUGGAAUUGGAGCUGGAGCUGCCCUUGUGGCAAUGUUGGCUGUAGUUCUACUCUUUUGGUGGCGAAAGAGGAAGAAGGUCAGCUUGAGUGAUGGUAACGAAAAUAAUAUCACACCAGAGCUCGGCGGCGGAGACAAAUCCGACAGGUAUGAGUUGGAUUCAUACACGACACCAUUGGAAGCCGAUAAGAAGAGCCCUGCAACAUUCUCAAAUCAACAGAAUCAGAUAAUGGCCGAGCUGGAUGGAACGCCGUACGCAUCGCCUGAGCCAAAUAUCCACGAAAGGCACAAGGUCACGCCCCCAGUUGAACAUGGCGCGGUAUCACCGGAGAUCAUGUCCACGAUUUCGUUCCCAAAGUCGCCCCUGUCAUCUGCAACAAGUAGGAUGUCACCGACUAUGAUUGAAGAUCGUAUUGGUUCCUCGCCGGAGCCCCUAAUUGCUGAUACGGCUGAACUGGAGCACCUACUACAUGAAGAGCGGCUCUUGAGGGACAGGAGGCAGACCUUGGAGCAGUUGCAACGGAUAUAA